AUGAAUCAACACGUGAACGAUCUCGUGAAGGGCUGCUCCAUCUGCGCCGCAGUCCAGCCAUCACAGCAGCGUGAACCAUUAUUAUCUCACAAGAGUCCCAAAACUCCGUGGACAAAGGUGGGCAUGGAUAUCUUUGAAUUUAGAGGCAGACACUAUUUUAUUAUGACAGACUACUCCACUAACUGGUUUGAGGUUUCAGACAUGCAUCGGAUCACUACACACGCUCUGAUUGACCAGUGCCGGUUUCAGUUUGGUGGGCACAGCGUCCCCUUGACAGUCGUGGCGGACAGUGGAACACAGUUUCGGUCGGCUGAGUUUGCGAGGUUUGCCAGGGAAUGGAAUUUUGAGAUCGUUUUAUCUAGUCCGCAUUAUCAUCAAUCUAAUGGGAAAGCGGAAAAUGCAGUCAAGACAGUAAAACGCAUCUUGCAGAAGUGCCAUUUAGGCAACCAAGAUCCUAUGCUAGCAAUCCUGGAAUGGCGAAACACACCCAGUGAACAAACAGGCGUGUCCCCAGCUCAACGCUUGUUCGCCCGUCACUGCCGCACACAUCUACCAGUGAGUCAGGAGCUGUUGUUACCAAGAGCAGAUAUUGAAGGACGCGCAUAUGAUAAACAUCAACAGGCAAGGAAAAUACAGGCGGAAUACUAUAAUCGUACUACUAAACCCUUACCACCAUUACCUACAGGAAGCCAGGUAGCACUUCAAGUACCAGGCAGCACGUCGUGGGUACUGGGAACGGUAAUCCGAUCGUUGCCGUACCGCUCUUAUGAAGUGGAAUCAGGAGGCGGGUGUUACAGGAGAAACAGGAGGCAUCUACGUCCCACAUUAGUUCCACCAGCAACCCCGCCUGCUUCUCACCUGCAUAGUAAUCUUUGUCCCAGACGCCUCUCAUUCGACAUGGACAGCAUAGGGGAGACGAUAGAACAGCAUCACGGCAGCGGGGAACAGAUGAUGUCACCGAAAACUGAAUCUGUGGCACAGGAUCUGCCUCCAGCUGCACCUCCACGCAGAUCAUCACGCAUAAGCAGCCCCCCAGAGCGAUACACGGCCUGCUAA